AUGAAGAUGCUGCUGAGUUUGGUUGUUCUGCUCUCUAUUUUUCUGUUGAUUAGUUCAGCUCCUCCAACCUGCUACUCAAGGAUUCUGUCUUUGAGCAAAGAAAUCAUGGCAUCAUUUAAGAAUUUACAGAACACUGAACCUGUGGACCCCUGUGUGGAGAUGCUGCCCAAGCUCUACUUGGACAUACAUAAUUAUUGUGUGUUGACAAAACUCCGUAACUUUGUGGCGUACCCCGCAUGCCAAAGAGUGCCGCAAGUGAGUGCUCUGAAGGAAAAGAUCCGGAGCCUGUACACCAUUAUGAUCUCCUUCUGCAGGAGGGACUUGGUGUUCCUUACUGACGAUUGUGAUGCUUUGGAAAUCCCUAUCCUGUCUCCUACUGAUCCCUCUGUCAUUCAGAGCUAA